UUUACCAGGCUGCUACGUAGCACCAGGCAUCACAGCCACAAUCUCCAUCUCUUCAAAGAGCAAAGUGAAGAGAAGUUCUCCAGAAACAUGAUUGGCCUGUGGUUCCUCUCUGUUCUCACUUACGGACUUAUGGUGCUUGAGGAGGGCAAUUGCUGGACAUACCACUAUUCAGAAAAAAGUAUGACCUAUAAGCUUGCGGAGGAAUGGUGUAGGAAACACUAUACAAAUAUGGUUGCCAUUCAGAAUAAGGAGGAAAUUGCCCAUCUGAAUGCAUCUUUACCCUUCAAUCCAAGUUAUUACUGGAUUGGAAUCAGAAAGAUUGAUAAUGAGUGGACCUGGGUUGGAACAAGAAAACGGCUGACUGAAGAGGCUAAAAACUGGGCUCAGGGUGAACCAAACAACAGAAAGAAUGACGAGGACUGUGUUGAAAUCUACAUCAAAAGAGACAAGGAUGCAGGCAAAUGGAAUGAUGAAAGAUGCAGCAAACAGAAGGUUGCCUUGUGCUACGCAGCUUCCUGUAACCAGUCUUCCUGCAGUGGCCAUGGUGAAUGCCUGGAGACCAUUAACAAUCAUACCUGCCUCUGUGAUGCUGGAUUCUAUGGGCCUGAAUGCCAGCAUGUUGCACAGUGUGAAACCCUGAUACUCCCUGAGAAGGGCUACAUGAAUUGUUCACACCCUCUUGGGGAUUUUGCAUACAGCACAGUUUGCGAGUUUAACUGUACAGGGGGAUGGUUGCUAAACGGCUCUAACGUACUUCAGUGCGGCGCUGCAGGGAACUGGACUGCAAGUCAGCCGACGUGCGAAGCUCCCCAAGUGCCUGAAGAACUGCUCAGUUAUGUCUCUGUUGGAAUAGCAGCCACCAGUGCCUCGCUCCUGUCGACAGCAUCAUUCCUCAUUUGGCUUGUAAAGCGCCUUCGAAGGAAAGCAAAGAAAUUUACUCCUGCCAGCAGCUGCCAGAGUCUCAAUUCAGAGUGUACCUUCCAAAGCCCUGCUCAUCUAAUCUAA